AUGGGAACAGGGAGGUACGUUCACAAAAAGCCCAGGUUUCAGCCCCAGCUGGUUGCGCAGGGGCCGACUGGAGGAAGGCAGCUUGAGAACACGCUCCAAACCCGAAUUUCGAGGGCAUUUCGCGGGCGUCCCUCCUGUCCGAAGGCCUCACCCCGGGGGGGCUGCGGGCGGAAAGCGGGCGUCCCCGCCCAGGAGAAGACGGCUACCAAGAAGAGGGGCACCGCUAAAGAAGAGGUGCCACCGCCAGUCACGGAGCCUUCCCAGCUGGAGCCUCAGUCUCCAGCCCCCAUGGAGACAUCCGGAUGUGCCCCAUCUGAGGACGUGCUAUGUCAGGCUUUUUCUGAUGUCCUGCUUGAUGUGGAAGAUCCAGAUGUGGACGAUGGUGAUGAUGUAAACCUCUGCGGCAGCUAUGUGAAGGACAUCUACAAGUACCUGAGAGACCUUGAGGAAAACAAACCUGUCAGACCCAAAUACCUGGCCGGCCAGGAAAUCAAUGGGAACAUGCGUGCCAUACUAAUAGACUGGCUUGUGCAAGUACAGAUGAAAUUCAGACUCACACAGGAGACCUUGUAUAUGGCAGUUGGUAUCAUCGAUCGCUUCCUGCAGGACAAUGCUGUUUCCAAGAAGACAUUGCAGCUGGUUGGUAUCACAGCUAUGUUCAUUGCCAGCAAAUACGAAGAGUGUAUUCCACCACACGUCGGAGACUUUGCCUAUGUAACUGAUAACACUUAUACUAAUUCCCAAAUCUGCCAGAUGGAGAUGAAAAUUCUGCAAGCCCUGGACUUUGGUCUGGGUCGCCCUAUUUCUCCACACUUCCUAAGGAGGGCUUCAAAGAUUGCACAGGUGGACUUGGAACAGCACACUCUGGCCAAGUACCUGAUGGAGUUGUCAAUUGUGGACUAUGAUAUGGUUCACUUCUCUCCAUCCAAGACUGCAGCAGCUGCUUCCUGUUUGGCUCUGAAACUCCUCAAAGGAUCUGAGUGGACACCGGUUCUGCAACACUACAUGUUUUACUCUGAGAGCGACCUUCUCCCAGUUAUGCAGCACAUAGCAAAGAACAUCAUUUUUGUGAAUGAGGGCAUUACCAAGCACGUGGCAAUCAAGAACAAAUAUGCCAGCACCAAAAACUGCAAAAUAAGUGGCAUUGAACAGCUGAAGUCUUCUAUGAUAUGGAAUUUAGCGCAACCUCUGCUGAAAAAGUUUUAA